ACUUGCUGAAUGGGACGUUUAGCAGGAGGAGGAGGUGGGGGGGUCAACAUUCCAUUAACCAUUCCUCUCGCGGGAAUGAAACAUCGCGAAGUUUCCUGCUAUUUAGUGUUUUGGUAGCAGCAAGAAUCAGGCAAUCGGAGUAGCAGCGAUCCGUGGAGGCAAGUCCAAGAAAGGUGGGGAGUCCUGGGUAACUUCCUGCACUCAACUCUAGAAGCACUGCAAAGAGAGAGAACCAGGGAGGCUGCUGCCGCUGCUGGAGCGAAGACGAAUGGAUAUACCCCUCAUCUGGCUCCCUUUUCAUCAGUGACUCGACUAGAAAACUCUUGGCGGUUGGCUGUGCUCGUCUACCUGGGUAGUAGUUAGCUAGCAGCGAGGUUGCUGGACGACAGAAUCCCAGCAUUUGAUCGCGAGGCGCCGAGAAGGACAGGAAUGGAGGUUGUGGUGGAGUAUGAUUAUGACGCGCUCCAUGAUGACGAGCUGACCCUGCGACCUGGUGACAUCAUCAAAAACGUGCGCUACAUAGAGGAGGAUGGUUGGAUGGAGGGGGACCUCAAUGGGAAAAGGGGCCUCUUUCCCGACAACUUUGUCAAGGAACUGAAAAAGGACCCUAAAGAAGGGAGUCAAACAGCAGAUGAGCCAAAGGAAGAGCAGCCUCAGAAGAGAGAGAAGGUGGGGAACGUGGCCGGCCUGGUCCAGAGAAUAAGCACUCUUGGCAUCCCGACCGGUGCCUUCCAGCCACCAGUGCCCGCAGCUUCAAAGAAGCCUAAGAAGAGACAGUGCAAGGUGCUAUUUGAGUAUCAACCGCAGAACGAAGACGAGCUGGAGCUGAAAGUUGGAGACAUCGUAGAGAUCACUGAAGAGGUAGAAGAGGGCUGGUGGAGCGGCACCUUGAAUGGUAAAUCGGGCCUGUUUCCCUCCAACUUUGUCAAAGAACUGGAGCCCAUGGGAGACGUCGGAGAGUCCAAUGACACCAGCAGAGCUGAUGACACUGAUGGAAAUGGAGCAGAAAGCAUUGGCACACCCACCUCACCAUUGCCCACUCCGGGGAACGGAGGCAUUGCCCAGCCCAAGAAGAUCAAAGGAGUCGGCUUCGGAGAUAUUUUCAAAGAUGCUUCGUACAAAAAACGGCACUCAGUGCAAACCCCUGACAAAGAGGAGAAGAAUGAUAAUCCAAUCCCAUCAAUACCCCUUGCUGCAAAGCCCGCUCCUCCCAACACGACAGAUUCACAGAAAGUGGAUGGAGACAGCAAAUCCAAAGCUAAAGAGUACUGUAAGGUGGCGUACGCUUACAAAGCCACGAAUGAGGACGAGCUCACCCUGAACGAAGGCGAUGUUGUCCACGUGCUGAGCAAGGACACAGGAGAACCGGGCUGGUGGCGAGGCGAAGUCGGAGGCAAAGAAGGCGUCUUCCCUGACAACUUCGUCGUCAUGAUUUCUGAAACAGAGAAAGAGAUUUCUGUUCUUGUUCAGGCUCCCACAUCAAGAGGGUCCAUCAAAUCAUCACCAAAGCCAGAGGCAGAAGAGAAACCGAAGAAACCGCCUCCACCAUCUAAAAGCACGGCUCUUAAGCCGGAGAUCCCGAGUGCUGACAAGAAGCCUCAUCUGGUCAGGCCAGAGGACAGAGUUGACAAACCCAUACCAGAUCUUAAACCUAAACCAGCUGCGCCCUUAGUCCCGCCCAAGAAGCCGGUCCCUCCUCCAGGGAAAGGCCGACCAGGAAUGAUCCCACCAAAGAGGCCUGAGAAGCCUCUUGCUUCCUCACCCAGCUUCAAGCACAAUGGAGAGGUGCCAUCCACACGACCAAAGUCUGACUCCGAGCCAUUACCUCUCACCAAACCGGUGUCUGCAGACUCUGUGGAGAAGUCAGAUACAGAUCUGAUGAGUUUUGAUGACUUGUCGUCUACCUCGGAGAAGCUCUCUCACCUAACAACCAACCGACCAAAGAUGACUGGCAGGAGGCUGCCCACGCAGUUUGGCGGAGGACAAUCGCCCAACAAGGAAGUGAGUGUGGAGAAAACCUUUAAGAUUGAUGAAGAAGAUGCCAAACCAAAGCUAACGGAAACUAGAAAGCCUUCCACAAACACCUUAUCCCAGUCACCGUCGUUCCACAAGCCUGCCGAAGCCAAGCCAAGCCACACGGCGACACCGAGCUCAGACUUCGGAGCCUCUCUGGGCAGCAAGGCGAAGGUGGAGCAUGAGGAGUCGAGCUCCCAGCUGGAGGAGCUGAGGAGCCAGAUGAAGGAGCUGCAGCUCACGGUGGAGCUGCUCAAGUCCCAGCAAAUGAAGGAGAUCGCUGAGCUUCGAGGAGAGCUGGAUGAAGAAAGGCAAAAGCGUGUGUCCCUGCAGAUGGAGAUCGAGAAGCUGAAGCGAACCAUCCACUCGACGUGAAACUCCUUGAUCUAAUCAACGGCAGUCCUCAGGGUCAGCUGCUGGCCUGCUUGUCGACCAACAGGAAAGCAGGAGGGCAGCGACGUAUGGAUGGUCGAAUGGACGGAGAGAGGGUGGAGAAAUGCACCCACCUCAAGCACAAUCCUUGUUCAGUGAUCUACAAAAACAAACAAACUCACUCUCCAUAUUUGUAAGAUUCACAUUUUGCACAUAAGAUUUUUUUCAAGCUAGGUGUAAGUUACAGAUGUAUAUGUUUCUCUCUCUUUUCUUACUUUUUUUUUUUUUAUUUUGCCAAUACAAAAAGAAAAAAAAAAACUGAGGCCUUACUUCAAACUACUGCGCUGGACUCACAACUCUGCUGCUCUGGCUCUUUCCCAAUCACUCCGGCGUUCCUUGAACUCCUCAGGGAUGCUCUCAGUACUACUGACUUUGUGUAAAGCAGAGGGUGCUCGUUUUCCUCGCCUAAUUUCUUUUUGUUUUUUUAUAGUGCACAAAAAUUGAUUUUAAACAGAUUUGAUUAUUUGAGUUUUCAUCUUCAGAUUAAAAUGCGUUUUUCUUUCAUGCACGGUGCGCGUCAGCACAGCGCCACCACAUGGCUGCAGCGUGUCAGAGCAAGCUCUCGCUUUCCUUUUUUUGUUGUCUUUUGAUGUUUUCUAGCAUUCCUACCCAGGAUAACACUACUGUGCCUGUUUCAGAAAAAAACAAACAACAAAACAAUAUUAAAUGUUUGUAAUGGGACCUGGAAUAUUUGCAUCAUGAUAUUGUAUAUCUAUAUUUUUAAAUCUACUGACACGCCUAGUCAAAUAUUAAGUAGAGGGCCUCUUCUAUGCUGGCUCUUCUAUUUUUGUGAGACUGUUUUCAGCUUUUGGGAAUGUUCUCAGAAAUUCAGAAACCCAGAGUCAUAAAAUGCAAGAGCGAGGAAGGAGGGACUGCAGUCUUCUGAAAAGGUCGCCUCAUUACGAUCAUCUCUGCUACUCACUCGCUUGUGUGUUCAUAGUUCUCUCCCAUCCCUGUCAUUUCUACCUCUGGCUUCCUUACUCUCAUCCAUCUUUGUUUCCUGCUGAAUCGUCUGGUGUCUUUUUGCUCAGCCGACUACCCCCUCCCUCUUAUGUUUAAUCUACAACUCCACAUUCCAGAUACAUGGGUUAAACUAACUGGAAGAACAUAAUGAAGCGGCGAAAUUCACUCACAUCCGUUUUGUUUUGUUUGUGUUUUUGGGGGGGGGGGGGUUUUGUUUUUUUUAAUCGUCUGAUGAUAAAACACCGCUGAAGAAUGAGAUUAUCCUGGUGGAAACUGGUGCGAUAUGUGUCACCUAGUGUGUUUUUAGCCAUGUUAGCAUGGAUGAUGGCGAUAAGUGUCAUGCAGCUUGAUCUGUAAUGUUUCAGCAGACUAAAAGUUACAUGCAUUGAUUCCACCAGAUUUGCACUACCAUGAUUUGAACUAGUAGUUGGAGGCCAAAAGGCCAAACUCAGUCAGUUCUAACUGGAAGUUGAAUUUAUUUAUUCAUAGGAGUAUAUUUCUUCCAUAAUUUGGGUCCACUUGUCCCUGCAGGGAUCAUUAUAACAAAACAUUUUUGUGGAGUUGGGAGGUGCACCAUCCAUAGUUUCAUGAUUCACUGAAUGUUUGAGUACAGAAAUCAUCUGAGUCAUGAAACCUUUGCACACUGUGUGAAAUGGAAAUUAAAAACAAAAUGCAGAAGAGCGCAAAAACAGCAUCAAAUGUUGAAACUGAGAACCUUUUUUAAAAGUACUUUAUGUCCAUGAGUACUUCUUGUAGUUUUGCCUCUGUACACUAUCACAGUGGAUUUUAAAUCAAUUAAUAAAGUUUUUUAACAAGAGUUUUGGCUUAAUUGGAAUUUCUAUGAAGUAAAGUUUACAUAUACAGCUACUAGCCAUGUCAACUCUCGUACACUGUGCACUGAUCAAAGAAGAAGAGGUAAUGCAACCCAGUGACAAACAUGGCCCUUUCUCAGCUUAUUUAAAAUUCAUUGCUGGUAUCAAAUUUAAAAGGAGCUUGUAAUUUAAAAAACCCCCCCAGAUUUCUCAGUUUUAACAUUUCAUGUAUUAUAUUGUUUGAACUGUUUGCAGCUGAGUUCAAAUUGGCUGUGAUAAAUAUUGGCACCUUCAAAGAUUGAGGCAAUGGUUCUCAGCUGGAAAAGGUGGGGGAUGUCCAGCUCCAGUUUGGGAAUGAGUGUGCCUUUGUAACUCGGGGUCUUAUUCAUGAAUGGAGAUUAAUAAGGUAGAGGUAGGAUGAGGAGCUCAAUCAUUUGAGAGGGCGCACUGCUCCAAGCAGAAAGUAGGCAGUUGAGGUGUUUUGAGCAGUCGGGCUGAUGUCUGUCAUCAUACUGCUUACGCUCUAGCUCCAUUCUGUAGCCCUGACUCUCACAAUGUUCAACAGCUUAUCUUAGAAACAGAGAGCAGCACAGUACCAAGUGCAUCCACCUCUGGCUUCACUGCAAGUUACAGGGAUGUUUAAAUCCCGACACUCAUAAGUUUUGUUUCCAGGUUAGAUGUUCCACAUUGUGCUACCACAAGGACAAAAACCUGUUACUGUUGUUUGUAUCUUUGUCUUAAUGUUGUUGUACUUAUCUCACAAAUGUCUUAAAAAAACAUCUCUUUGUACUUUGAAGUCUUUGCCGGGCCUGAUUCUGUGUGCAAAUGCUCGACUGUAACUGUCCA